GGUGUUGUUGGCCCCCCUGGCGAAACAGGUGCUGAUGGAUUGAUGGUGAGAAAAUAUUUUGAUGAUUGUAGUUAGAUGUCUUAUGUAGAACUCUUUAAUUGCGUCCAUCACUAACUGCACAUCAUUCUUACUACUUCAUCUCAUUCUUCUGCUCUUGCUGACCACUGUUUUAGUUUAUGUAGUGGAAUUGACGCAUUUAGUCAAGUUUCACGUUACUACACUCCAAAAAUUACAUUCAGCUUCGCUUUCCUUUUUCAGCUAUUUUAUUUAUCCGAAUAGUUACUUUUGCCAAGUCAAUUAACUGUUAAGUCGUGACAAAAGUAACACCUCUUUAUUCGGCUGCCACACAAGCACAUUUAACAGCUUCCAAUGAAGAAUGGCUCUGUCCGUAAAAAUUGUUUCCUAACAUAAUAGCAGUCUGUGUUUACUUCUGUUGUUGUUGUUGUUCAUCACAAUUUGGUAGAUAUUUCAAAGAAGAAGAAUUUGCGAUUGAAAUCCAAGAACAAACUGUGGCAGCUCUUAUAAGGAGGCAUCGGACUCUUCACUUCUUUUCUCCUUUACUCCUAUCGAUCUUGGUACUUAAUCUGUCUUCACUUGUCUUUCCUAGGGAGAAAAGAAAGAGAAGAGUCCGACUUGCAAAUGCGUAGAGCUUUUGGACUUCGUUACAGGUUUCUGUAAGACAGUUAUAGAGUAGAAGUUUGUCUCAGUGUUAUAUCUGAUAGCAGUUUCAAACCGAUAUUUGGGUGACGGUAUAAAAACAAUUGAGCACUUCUUGUAAAAAUAAAACAAAAAGUGAACAUGCAACACAGAAAAUGUAUUUCAUUUGGUAUGUCUUGUAUGACAGUCCUUAUUGACAUAUUUCUUAUAAAUGAUCACGUUCCCCGACAAUUUAAGCAUGGCAUCUUUAUUAAAGAUGUUGAACGUUUUACUUUUAGACUAGUUUUCACUUUAUAUGAUGUCAAUUUGGACUAAAUUAUCAAAGAGAAAACUGCCGUACUGUCGUACUCGUGUGUGAAAAGGUAUUCCCUCCUCUCUCAAUAUCUUCCCAACUGAAUUCUUUCUCACAUAAUACAAAGCCAGGACUAUCAACGCUAUUGAAGCUUUAGAAAUUGCUUGUUUGAUCUUAGUGGGAGACAUAUUUAUUGCAGGGUCCACGCGGUGAGGAUGGGAAAGAAGGAAGCGCAGGUGAUCCCGUAAGUUGCCUACAAAUCUACAAACCCUUUUUGCAAGUUGUAGUAAGGAACUGAAUGGAUUCAUCAACAUGCCAUCUCUAACAUGUUAUUGUCACAGCAUUCGCCACUUGCACAUCUCCCAAAAUGCACCUUGUUUGCGACCCCCGCCCCCCCUCCCCCCCAAAUUUUGCAUAGGCAUUGUUUCCAUUUCUCCUGGUACGGCUGUAAUACCCAGAAGAAAUGAAAAACAAAGGUUAUGCAAAAUUUUGGGGGGCAAACGAGGUAUAUUAUGGGAGAUGUGCAAAUGGCGAAUGAUUUAGUUUUAUUUAAAAAAAGAGCAAGAAAUAAAUCACGUAACCCUAACAGUUUCUCUGCAAUGUUGCCAGUGAGCUGACGGAAAUGGCGCUAUAUAAAUUCUUGUAUUAUUAUUAAAUGAGAACUGGACUAUCUUAAUGCUUAUUAGCUAUGAUAUUUACCUAUACAAACCGACAGGCAAUUAUUAAAAAGGUGAUAAAAAUUUUUGUCUCCUUUUCAGGGCAUUAUGGGUCCUCCAGGAUUCGAGGGACUGAUUGGCUUACCGGGGCCACAGGUAAAGAAAUGCAAUUUAACCUGUUACUUGUAAAAUUUGAAUAGACGUUAAGUAAUCCCAUAGACGUCAAGAUAGUCUCCAAUCAUGUAGACGAAAUCCUUGCCAAACGUGUAAAUAUCGUUGAAAGAUAUCGCACCAGUUUUGUAAUACUGGAAUUAUCAAUAUUGACUUUAGAUCCAUGAUCAUAGGGUCCGCGUGGUCCACUGGGUAAUCCUGGCCUGGCAGGGACUGAUGGAGAUCAGGUUGGUUAUUUUGCCUGUAGCGUUGUUUUUAGUAUUGCUCUGAAGGUUUUUAAAAUUGAAAUUAAAUUAAAUCGUUUCAGACUUUUCGACGGAUCCUUUUGCCAGUAAUUCCUCAACUAAGCUGACGGAGACCAUAGCAUUACUUUCAGUCACUUUCCUGACCUUGCUCCUCACCCAGUUGUUACAAUUUUAAGGACUACCCUAGAGUCGUAAGACAUUAAUUCUCGUAAUUUCUGACGAUGUGCAUCAUUUUGUAGGGCUAUUAUGGACCCACUGGCUUACCAGGGCCCACAGGGACUCACGGUGAAGAGGUUUGUGGCCGCUUUAUCUUUUUAAUCUUCACCAGAAUGACCAUGCGUAACUAUGACAUUUAUGAUUUUUGUUCUUUAAGGGAGAUGACGGUUUGCCCGGUGCAAAGGGUCCACCUGGGAGUCGAGGGCCAUUUGUAAGUAGCUUUUAUUCAUGGUCUUUGCUUGCAAGAACACCUGGGUUCUCCACCAAAUGUUAAUUAGGGCCAGCGGGGAUGUUUGCUCUAGUUGUCGCGGUCACGGCCUGAUAGAAAAGGUUUUCCCAGAAGCAAGAAUAUAGCGUAGUUAACUUGUAUUACUAUUUGUUAGAAGGUGUGGAAUAAGAGUUUAAAAUGUUAAAUCUACGUCUCUGUUUACACUAUUUAACGGACUUAAAAAUGGUCAUCGCUCUGUAAAAAUUUAACUCUACCUUGAAAUAAGACAGAAGUGUUUUUAGUUAAUGCCCGAUAUUCUUAGUUUGUUCCCUUUAACCCCCGGGGUGAAUAUCCUGGAUAUAUUUUUUUCUCUAAUUCUUAAUGUCUUUCUUGUUUUUGUCUCUCUUGAAAGUCGCGCUUCUUGCGGCCGGUAAUUAACAGCGUGCUACAUUUUGUAGCCAUACUCCGAAAUUGUUUUAACAACUACAAGAGACCGUUACACUGUUUUUUGUUUAUAUCAAAGGGUGCACCAGGACCACCAGGGCUAUCAGGAAGGAACGGAACACGGGGAAUUAAGGUAAAUGAAUCAAGCUCAAAAUUUGAAACAUUAGAAAAUAUAAGGGAUUCUAGGUCGAUAUGCGCCCUUGAUUUUUUACGUGCUUUAACUAAAGCUUUACAGCACGUAAAUCUGUCCCAUAUCAUGUCCAGUAACUAAAUCAUGUAAUACACUGAAGGAAAAUAUCAGUGUCUUUAUAUCUUGCUUGUGCUGGUUUUGUUUCUAAAUCUUUAAAUCUGAAUUUACUGUACUUGUUUGUCAGGGUGAAGCUGGAGCACCAGGUUCCAAAGGCCCUCAAGGAGAACGAGGUUUGAAGGUGAGUUGAUUCUUACUACUCACUAUGGUUUCCGCUACUUUUCUGUACCCUUCUUUAAACUUUUUAAUUUUGCUAAUCUUUCAGGGUACUGUAGGAGACGUGGGAGUAUCUGGAAAUCAAGGGCAAUCUGGAAAAGAGGUAUUAUUGAUGUAAAAUGCUGCAGUGACAUAUUCCCACGCGUGUUCAAAGUCUUAAUUUUAACUUGUUUGGUUUUCUCGCCUUCCCCAGGGUUAUUCUGGUUUGCCAGGCUUAAUGGGCACUCACGGAAUCCAAGGACAAAAGGUGUCGUGAUAUGUCCUCUAUAAUCCUGCCGUAGAACGUUUCUCUCUUCUAUUUUAUCAUUGCAUAGACGCCUAUUAUUUAUUGCUGUGUAGGGUGGAGAUGGUGAUACUGGACAGUGGGGUGCUACUGGAUUGAAAGGGCCAGAGGUAUGUUGUUUGCUUCCUGUCGUCACCCUCGCGGACAUUUACAAUGCAUUUUACGAAGCAUAAGAGUAGCAGUAGAAUGAAAAACCGAAACGAAGACAACAUUGUGAGAUUCAGGAGUAAUAUUACUCAAUCGAAUAAAGAAAUGCGACCCCAGUAUAAUGCUUUAAAGAAAUUGACAAUUCAAUCCCGUAGUCAGUUCAAUUAUGUAUUUUCGUCUAUCAAGAUCAAGCAUCCCAUUCAGGAUUCGUCUUUUAUUUUGUGGUUUUAUUGGUCUUUGUUUCUUUACAUAGGGAAUGCAAGGCUUGCGAGGACGUCCGGGUCCUGUGGGUGACGCGGGCCCUACGGUCAGUAUCCUAAGUCAACUGUGCAUGUGUGGUGUACUUGUACAUGUUGGAAAUAAAAAUGAAAACUAAUUGCGCCAAUAAGCAGAGUACACACUAGAGCAACGAUCUGACUACUGGGCUCAAAUCCCUCGACUCUUGAGUGAAAGCAAUCACUAGCUUAGUUUCAUAUUUUCCUUGUCUGUUCUCAUCGCUGUAAUCUGAAAAAGCAAAUAAAAACGCUUUUCUUAUGUUUCAGAGUAGUGAGUCCGGACCUCCUGGAGAAAUUGGAGAAGGAGGCGACAUAGGAGAGACGGUAACAUGUCUGAUUCCUUUACCAAAUAAGAACUUUUGCGUGGAUUUAUAAUGCCAGCGAACAAUGCUGGAUAUUAAAUACGACGUUCGUAUUGUAAUUCACUUAAGUGGUUUGCUUUAACUUUCUCUUUGGUUUUUGGUUUACGUCUUCCAGGGUGAAGCUGGAGAGAAAGGAAUAAGAGGCUCAUCUGGAAGCAAAGGGCGAAAGGUCAAUGCUUAUGUUGCUACGUAACUUCAGUUAACCGAAUACAGACCGGUAAAAGUUAGGGGACAUUAGCAAGUUCAGACUUUUCUAAAAUAACCCAUCGUUAUAUCAGGCAUGAAUAAUACUUAUACCCUUUGUUAAAAUUUCGUUUUUAUAAUUUUCCUAGGGUCUCAGUGGCGAGAAAGGACAACCUGGUGGGCGUGGCGUCGCUGGAAGAACGGUAACUAUUAUUUAGAGGAACCUGAAAAUGAAGACAUUUUAAGCUGGCUAGAGUUUCUGGCGGUUUAGUAUGUAAUGUAAUGUAAUGUAAUGUGAUGUGAUGUGAUGUGAUGUGAUGUUAGAGACCGUUACACUGUUUUUUGUUUAUAUCAAAGGGUGCACCAGGACCACCAGGGCUAUCAGGAAGGAACGGAACACGGGGAAUUAAGGUAAAUGAAUCAAGCUCAAAAUUUGAAAAAUUAGAAAAUAUAAGGGAUUCUAGGUCGAUAUCCGCCCUUGUUUUUUUACGUGCUUUAACUAAAGCUUUACAGCACGUAAAUCUGUCCCAUAUCAUGUCCAGUAACUAAAUCACGUGAUACGCUGAAGGAAAAUAUCAGUGUCUUUAUAUCUUGCUUGUGCUGGUUUUGUUUCUAAAUUUUUAAAUCUGAAUUUACUGUACUUGUUUGUCAGGGUGAAGCUGGAGCACCAGGUUCCAAAGGCCCUCAAGGAGAACGAGGUUUGAAGGUGAGUUGAUUCUUACUACUCACUAUGGUUUCCGCUAUAUGUCUGUACCCUUCUUUACCCUUCUUUAAACAUUAUAAUAUUGGUAAUCUUUCAGGGUACUGUAGGAGACGUGGGAGUAUCUGGAAAUCAAGGGCAAUCUGGAAAAGAGGUAUUAUUGAUGUAAAAUGCUGCAGUGACAUAUUCCCACGCGUGUUCAAAGUCUUAAUUUUAUCUUGUUUGGUUUUCUCGCCUUCCCCAGGGUUAUUCUGGUGUGCCAGGCUUAAUGGGCACUCAAGGAAUCCAAGGACAAAAGGUGUCGUGAUACGUCCUCUGUAAUCCUGCCGUAGAACGUUUCUCCCUAUUCUAUUUUAUCAAUGCAUAGACGCCUAUUAUUUAUUGCUGUGUAGGGUGAAGAUGGUGAUACUGGACAGUGGGGUGCUACUGGAUUGAAAGGGCCAGAGGUAUGUUGUUUGCUUGCUUUCAUCAGCUUCGCGGACGGUUAUAAUGCAUUUUACGAAGCAUAAGAGUAGCAGUAGAAUGAAAAACCGAAACGAAGACAACAUUGUGAGAUUCAGGAGUAACAUUACUCAAACGAAUAAAGAAAUAUGCUACCCCAGUAUAAUGCUUUAAAGAAUUUGACAAUUCAAUCCCGUAGUCCGUUCAAUUAUGUAUUUUCGUCUAUAAAGAUCAAGCAUCCCAUUCAGGAUUCGUCUUUUAUUUUGUGGUUUUACUGGUCUUUGUUUCUUUACAUAGGGAAUGCAAGGCUUGCGAGGACGCCCGGGUCCUGUGGGUGACGCGGGCCCUACGGUCAGUAUCCUAAGUCAACUGUGCAUGUGUGCAUGUACGUGUUGGAAAUGAAAAUGAAAACCAAUUGUGCCAAUAAACAGAGUCCACACCAGAGCAACGAUAUGACUAUUGGGCUCAAAUCCCUCAACUCUUGAGUGAAAGCAAUCACUAGCUUAGUUUGAUAUUUUUCUUGUCUGUUCUCAUCGCUGUAAUCUGAAAAAGCAAAUAAAAACUUUUUUCUUAUGUUUCAGAGUAGUGAGUCAGGACCUCCUGGAGAAAUUGGAGAAGGAGGCGACAUAGGAGAGACGGUAACAUGUCUGAUUCCUUUACCAAAUAAGAACGUUUGCAUGGAGUUAUCACGCCAGCGAACAAUGCUGGAUAUACGACGUUCGUAUUGUAAUUCACUUAAGUGGAUUGCUUUAACUUUCUCUGUGGUGUUCGGCUUACGUCUUUCAGGGUGAAACUGGAGAGAAAGGAAGAAGAGGCUCAUCUGGAAGCAAAGGGCGAAAGGUUAAUACUUAUGUUGCUACGUAACUUCAGUUAACAGAAUUCAGACCAGUAAAAGUUAGGGGACAUUAGCAAGUUCAGGCUUUUCUAAAAUAGCCCAACGUUAUAUCAGGCGUGAAUAAUAUUUGUACCCUUUGUGAAAAUUUCGUUUUAUAAUUUUCCUAGGGUCUCAGUGGCGAGAAAGGACAACCUGGUGGGCGUGGCGUCGCUGGAAGAACGGUAAUUAUUAUUUAGAGGAACCUGAAAAUGAAGACAUUUUAAUCUGGCUGGAGUUUCUUAUCGCGGUUUAGUAUGUAGUGUAAUGUAAAAAGUAAGAACUGAAGUAUCUGUCCCGUCUGUUUUAAGGCUUUUUCGGGACCUGUAGGGGAAAGAGGAGAAAGAGGCGCUACUGGAGGUCAGGUAAAGUUCUAAUAGCUAUAACUGUAUUUUAAUGUUUCUUUUUUGAUAUGGGUUAAUUGCAGUUUGCCCUUAUUGUUAUUAGAGGCGAGCAAUAAUUUUUUAUCUUGAAUUGUUUUUUUCUUGUUUGCAGGGCUCAGCUGGUGCUCCUGGUCCUCCUGGAGAUCGUGGAGUCGUGGGUAUCGGGGUAUGUUUAGUUUUCGUUUGGGUAAAUUUGAAGAAAUAUAUAACAGGGUUUAUUUCAAUCGCUGAUUUGUUUUCUCACUUCUACCUAUAGGGUAUUACAGGCAUCCCUGGGGCAGGUGGAAUUAGAGGUGACUCUGGAGAAAAGGUAUUUUUCGUACCCCAUAAGACUACUUUAAUUAGUGUUAAAUACUGACUAAGUCUUUUUGAAUUUCGUUAUUUGUGAUGCUCAAAACGAAUUAUACGGAUAACUGUAUUUGACAAUUUCUACCUAACUUUGAAUAAAAUUUAAUAUUCGUACUAUGUAAUAUUGUUGUUUUGCAGUUACUCAAAGUGAGGUGUCCAUAUCGGUUAAUAAAUACUCUCCUCUGGGUGUUGACAUAGGAGUGUUAUCCACAUUUGUUUGGGUCGUUGCAUUUAUAAAAGAACCUGUUGUUUUAUAUUCAGGGUGAAGGUGGAAAAAAGGGCAAAGAAGGCAAGGAUGGUUCUCCUGGGCCUCAGGUAAUAAAGGCUUAGAUUUGUGGAAACCUUCAGAAAAGGAAAGCAGGAACUAACAGAGAACAGAGUUUGAAUUACAGAAAAGAUAUAGCAGGAGAUAAUUCCAUCAAUUUAAUUUUGUUUUCCACGUUAAAAUGCUAGCCAUCCUUGUGUCCUCUUUAAAAGUAUGAUAGUUUCCAAGUUUUUAUCCUUCGCGUUGUUUCGAACUCAAUAAAUGUACCCUACGAGACCAAAGUCUACAACAUGUAAAUCUGUCGCGGUACGUUAACUUAAGUAUGAUUUCCGAGAUCGUUUCUGGAUUGAAUAAUAUUCUUUUCUGAAAUUUUUAACCAGACGUUUUUCGAAUCAAGGAAUCUUUAAUCGUGGGUUGAAAUUGUUACAGGAAAACGAUUGUUGAGUGGCUGACUCGUAAAUUUUGAUAAUUGUAGGGUUCUCGUGGAUCCAAAGGACAAAGUGGAGCUAUGGGAUUGGAAGGACUUUCGGUAAGAUGAAAUACUUUACAUUGGAACGAACCACGUAUAUAAACCUUCAAUUACCUAAUGAAGAAUAUAUGUUUUUUUACUUAAAGGGCGGGAAAGGAAACCGUGGUUCUAAAGGAGGUGGUGGAGGGAGAGGCGAAAAGGUAAUAUUUCCUUUUUAACGCAAACCAUAAAGAUGGUUAUUUUUGUUAGUCUUAAAUUGAUUCUUCAUCUCCAAGUAACCACUAAGAUGUAAGCUUGACAUUAACUCCUGAGUUGUUUUUAGCAUUUUGCAGAGCUGACUUUAGUUUUCAGGACAAAUACUGUUAUUCAAAUUAUAGGGAGAACCAGGUGCUCAAGGUAUUCUUGGAAUCAGUGGCCAGGCAGGACCCAUGGUAUGCAAAGGACCUUGUAUGGUUUAUGGUAAUAUUCGUAAUAAAAAACUGUCUCCAACAGUGUAGUUCUAUUGGCAUCAACAACUAACAGGCUAAUAAACGAACUUUCUAUUUGAUUAAAGAACAGCCGUUAUUUUAUAUUAGUGUAAUUGAGACCACUUCUCUAACGUUAUUUUGGUAUCCCAGGGAAGCGCUGGUCCACCUGGUGUAAGGGGGUUUCAAGGUUCUCCAGGACCUCAGGUAAUGUAUUUAGAUAUGUAUUUGUUUUCAGACGUUUUCACUCAUUUAUCAUCAAUCCCAGCUCAGCAUCUAUCGUCGGUUCUCACCUAAUCGCUUAUUUGAACUGCACCUUUUUUAGGGAGGAAAGGGUUUAAUUGGAGAAACUGGAUACCCAGGAACCGAAGGAGCCGAGGUAGGAACUGCUUCUAAGCGUGGCUUAAAAAUGCCCUCUUGUCUACCGUUCAUUUGUGUUAACUGGAACGCUUAACUGACCAACUAAGUCUUUCUCAGCUCAACAAAUCGACUUUUGCUUUCAGUUUAAAUAAUCGCCUGUUUCGUUACCAGGGACUUCCAGGAGAAAAAGGUUCCCGAGGAGGGUUUGGCGCGCGGGGAGAUAUGGUGAGUUGUGGUUUGUUAUCUAGCUAUUUUUGAAUAAGGCUGGGUGUGAUACGAAGAAUUUUGUAGAUCGAGGAGGGUGUUUGGAAAAACUAAUGCCGUUUUUUCUAUGACGCUGAUGCUAAAAACAGGUACGCUGCCCGCGCCGCUGUCUGAGUGAAUUGAAUGAUUAGGCUUUUGAUUCAGAGCCCAUUCGGGCUCGAAGAAUAAUUGUUUUAGUAAAAUCCAACUAGUUGGUCAAAAAUAUCGAGACAAAACAACUUUAGCUAGCAAAACUCGAUUCAGCCGCCAUUGUUUUGGUUUUCAAAGCCGGCUCUUUUCGCUACUAGUGGGCUGUAAAAUAUAGCCUAGUAGUAGCUCAACCAAUCAGAACGCAGCAUUGAUAAUAGAACACUAGUUGGAUUUUACUGAAUUGGCAAUAUACAAUCGUUGAUCACAGAGUGACUGACGUCAACGAUUGUCUGUUGCGCGUAUCUUCCGAACUGGUUUGCGCCAGCUGGUUAUAAAGAAUUAAUAGUUGACGGAUUGAAGCCAAUCAGACUAAGAGGCUGCGAGACAUUUUGAAUGAUAAUGGUUUAGUAUCAUUCCUUUUUCGUUUUUGUAUUUGUGAAUUUGUUCUUGCACUCACAGAUUUUUCCUUGCUCUGGUUUUUAGGGAGAGCGUGGUAGUCCUGGGAAAAAGGGACUAGCUGGACCUCAAGGAAAAAAGGUAAAUUUGAAGAUUCAUUCGACCAGUAUGGAAUUUUCUUCAAUUCCUCUCGAAUCUCCUGCCGUGGAGUGUAACUCUUACUCAGGUAACUUUUAGCUUUGUAUCUCACAGGGUCCUGUGGGUGUUGAAGGACCUCGCGGAGAGGUGGGCGCUGAAGGAGAAAGGGUAAGCUGUAUUCAUUGUUGUUGAACCAAGUUAAGAGAGUAGGUUUUGUCUUAUCCCCUAUGGAUAAUUUGCACCACUCAAUAGAGAGUGUUUAUUUUGUAAUCUUUUCUUUUUGAAAAUGGACUGCCCGUCGUUUCACAGAAACUCUCUUCCUACUUCAGAUAAACAAUCUAUGCUUCAUUUUGGAUUCUAGGGUGAACCUGGAAUGCAUGGGCGAGAGGGAGACCUGGGCUUCAUCGGAGAUGUGGUAAGUUUUUCGAAUGAGCUGGCCUGCUUCGUUGGGUUAUUAUGCUGAUAACAAUAGCAACAGAAACGUAGACGGCUAUUACCAUCAGUGAAAGUUCGAUUGUGUGAGAAUUAUGCCAAAAAUCUUAAUUUUUGUCAAAAACGGUCCAAAAAAGAUGGAAUGUAACUGCAGAACCUAAGAGGUAAAAAAAAUGAAUACGUGAAAACGAUUCAGACCUGAUAGUGGUUGGUGGCCCGACGAGGUGUUGAUAAGAAAACUUCAACCGUGAAAAAAAAAACCCUUUUUCGCGGAUUUAGAAUACAUUUUCGUUCUAAAAAUUGAGUUUCCAAAUUCAAAUUCUCCGAUUAUGUCUACGAAAACAUCUAAUGUACUGCGGUGAUGAAACAAACAAAAAUUUCAAGUAUACCAGACUGGUUGAGAGCUACGCCUCGUUCUUAAACUCAGAACUCAUGAAUGAUGCAUUUAGGGAGGAGCGGACUGCUUCUUCAAACGAGUCCAAAAACUAAUAACCUUUCUGAAAUUCUUCAAACCAAUCAAAACAGCCGUGACAUCGUCGAAUCAUACCACGCCAAAUAGGGUUAUGACCCAUGACAUCAUCGAAACCUGUCAAACCAGUAAAAAUAACCAUAAAAGAAGAACAUGAAAUCACCUUAUCUAAAACGAAGUGCCUUUUAACGUCAUCCACGUCAAUUUCUCUCACGGAGUAAGCGGUCCACACUAUACUACUAAUGCAGCGACAAAUAUAUGUUAAAAAAUAUUUGAGAUAUCAAACAAAACACUGACGUCUAGCCCAUUGAUUUUUAACAACUUUGUGAGGUGAUUCCUAAUUAUUGUAGACUGGGAUUGCUGUUCGAUGUAUACAUUAUAUAGGCGAAACUGCCAUGUUUAAAAAGCGUAAAAGAGAAUGUCAGCUUGUGGUCUAAAACAACAAAAACCAACAAUUUUUGAAAAAAUGUAAUUCAGUGAGGGAGAACAUUGUAGAAACGCUUGCUUAUUGAGCUCUAUGAGAUACAUUAUUUGCCAUGAUAUGCAAGAUACAUGACCAUAAUGUUUGAAAAGCUAUGGUGUUAUUCAACAAAGUAGGAGAAGUGUAAAGGAUAACUAAACGUUUCUAAUUACUUGCGUUGAGUUGUUUAAUUUGUCACACUAAUUUCUGUCUUAUUUUCAGGGUUCUACUGGAGACGUGGUAAGUCUUAAAUUUUCUGUUAGGUUGUCGUUUCGGAUAUAAGAACAAACCUGGACUAUAACUUUGACAUCGAAGGCUAGUAGAAAAACGCUUAACUCAUUUUUGAACAACUACAGGAUUGGUCAUCCAAAAUGGAGUGGAUUAAUUUAUAUCACAACCCUACACAUUCAGCGACACCUCGGUUUGCUCAUUUUCAAACUAGCCUUAGAACAAUACGAAUACAAUACAGUAAUCUUUAUUGACCCACGGUAAAAUUCAUUCAGGUACUAAAAAGGGUGAAUCUAUUUACAUCUAGUUACUUAAGAUAGUUACAAGUCAAAAUCCAAAUGGUAAUUUCAAUUACAUUAUUAUCACUGUUACAACAAAUUUAAAGAAAAAACAUGUUUUCCAUGAAUGCCGUACUUCUAGUUGUUCAUGUAGUAAUCGUCCAAAAGUUUCUUGAAUAUAUUCAGAGAUUCUGCUUGCCUUGCAUUUUGAGGAGGGCUACUCUAGAGAACAGCACCACUGUAGCGGGAACUAUCACAAGAUAACUGAUUUGUGCGUGGCAAUGGAAUAGUUAAUUUAUUCACAGAAUCUCGAAAAGUAUAAGGAGUUGUAUCAGGUCGACUAGUAAAUUUGGAACUUAAAUACUAAGAAGCAAGUCCAUUCAGAGAUUUGAAAACUAUAAGGGCUUUUUUGAAUGUCAUGCUGGUUACUAAGAUUUUUGCAGUUUAGGCUAUCCAUUAGUUAUGAUGCGUCGGCAUCAUAAUUCGGGCUGCACGAUUUUGUAGUUUUUGAAGUUUAUUCGAUACUUUUUUUGCCACAGGAUUCCCAGACAACAUUACAAUAAUCGAAAUGCGGUGGAAUUAAGGCCUUGUAAAUAAGAUGUAAUGUGGUGAUGGGGGGGGGUUGCAAAUUGUCUGGCCCGUUUAAUAGAAGCAAUUUUUGCCGGAGGUAAUUUUUUUAGCAACCUUAUCGAUAUGGCUAGCCAAUGUAACAUUUGCAUCAGUAAGUAUCGCUAAAGAUUUAGUUGUUGUGACUUGAUUUAUGUUUGAGCCAUUGACCGUUAGAGUGGGAGAUGCAGUCGGGAUGUUAAGGUUUUGUCUGGAACCAAUCAGCGUGAACUCGGUGUUGGUCACAUUUAGAGAAAGUUUGAACGCAUCGUCGGCGACUGUGGUGCCUUUUUUUCACAGCAACAACCUUGCAUUUCUAGCCUACCGGUAUGUGCAUCCUCCUUGUACCCCCAAAACAAAACAAAAUCGGGGAGAGAGAGAGGGUUGUCAUCGUUUUUUUGUCCUUUUUUUUUUCUCCUUAACGGGGAGGAUACGGAUGUACACAUGCUAUACUUUUCAAACUAAAACUUAAAAAAAACCGUGUAUUAAACUUUAACGUAUAUACUUUUUUCUUUUCAGGGUGAGAAAGGUAUCUCGGUAAGUCGUCGACCUUUAUCUUAGAACCUGUUUUUUCUUUGAAAUAUUCCUCGCGUACUCAACCGAAUAUUUGAUAUCUUCGAAUAGUGGAAUCUUUGUUAUGUAACUAUUUACGCUUUAAUUUUAUUUAUUGUUAAUUCUGUAUUUCCUUGAUUUCUUUCCAUUCAGGGUGACUCCGGGCUGAAGGUAAUGUUUUGUAUGAUAAACGUGACUUGUUAACAAGGUCGCUUGUUUUGAUUUCUUUUUCUUCCUUCCUUUUGGAUUUAUCGCGUAAUAAAAUGUUUACGGACAUUUUCAUUCUUGCCAUUCACUAAAGUAGUUUCUUUGUUCUCUGUUCAUUUUACAGGGUUUGAGAGGAAUUUCGGUAAGUCUCCUUCUAUUUUUGCUUAUUUUCUAAACGCGGAAUGCUUUAGAAGGCUUAAACCAGCAGUGUAGAGCGUUUUCAGUCACGUGGUUAGCAGCUAUGUAAAUUUAUUGGAAGGUUUUACAUAAGAGAAAGGUUCAACUCCUACAUGACUGGUUCGGAACACCAACAUUGCCGCCAUUUUAUUGUCUUGGUUCACAAAUAGGGCGGAUGUGAUGUCAUUUGUAAACGCUCUAUAUAUUCUUCACGUGGCAAGGCCGUGCUAUUUAAAACAAUUGAACACUUACCUACUUGUCCAAGAAAUAUCCGCUUGAAGCUACAGAAGAACGCAAAAGAAUAAGCUAUUUGGAACGAACAAAAUGAUAAUCGUGGUCAGAGUUACAUAUUAGAAUUCAGAUUACGUGUAGACAACUUGCGCUAGGACCCACCUCUUUUGUUCAUUGUAAUUCUCAAACAAAUGAAAGGCAGGUUGUGAAUCAAACAAACGCAGUUACUAGUCUGUAUUUUCGCGUUUUUUACAUUUGUUCUGCUGCGCUCGAAUUCAAGUUUGUUGAGUAUGCAUAUUUUCAAGAAACUGGUGCUUAGCCCGUGCAGAUCGUAAAAAAAAAGCAAACGAACAAAAGACGUUGCAAAAGUCAAGCAAUUUUCGGUCUCAACGCUCGAAAACAAAGCGCGAAUGCUAGAACCCCGUGCUAAUGGGGAGAAAUAACUAACGUGCGAACGAGAAAUACCCAGGCUGGGCGAUAAAGGCCCUUGGGGCGACAAUAAGUAGUGGCAAAGCAUUCUUGCUCCACUCACUCGCAGAUCAGUACCAAGGACGAAGGCGGAACGGUCCACCCACCCACCCACGCGCUGAAAAUUCGUGGGGUUAGCCUACUGCCACGUUCUAUUUCCUCUGAAGGCGCUCGAUCAACUCUUUCAUAACUGAAUAUAUUCAAUGAGUGCGAAGUGAGAGUGUUGUGUAAUAGGACACUGUUUUCUCCCCAGAGAUACUGUUUGCAAAUGCCCUUAGGCAUAGAGCGUUUUCACUGUCUUGGCCAGCCGCUAUGCAAAUUAAUGCGGCAACACGGAGAGUUUACACAAGAAAAGAGUUCAACUCCCAAAGGACUGGUUUGGGGUACCAACAUGACCGCCAUUUUAUUGUUUUGGGACACCAAUAUGGCGGAGCUACGUGACGUCAUGUGAAAACGUUCCAUAUACAGUCCUCCCAGGAGCACUUGAAAACAAUGCUUUAUGGAAAAAUUGAAUGAAUGUCUACACUACACGGGAUAGCGUUUGAUGUCGACAUGAAUAUACUCCCGCCUGUUCACACUAUCGUGAGUCGCACAAUAAACCCAUCCGAUAGUUGACAAUACACAUUCAAGAUUAGCCUGCGUAGCAGGCGCUUGGAAGUAGUGGGCACAAGAAAAACCGGGCGCGCGAGAAGGAGGCACGCGAGGGGAGAGGGAGCUCACCCCUCGCGUGUCUCCCUCGCACGCGCGCGUUCUCUCCUUCGCCUACUGCUUCCAAGCGCCUGCCACGCAGGCUAAUUCAAGAAAGGCGAGGCGCAGCUUUGCUCCUUUACAGAAAUCGCUCAGAAAACAACGUAAUUGUGCGUGAACAAAAAACCUAUCCGAUAUGGUUUUCGUGCCGGCUCUGCGGUUGAGUGUAGAACUAGCCUCAGCGCAGAUUCACUGAAUCAGUCGGGGGUUCUUCACUUUGUUGUGACCGGAUAAACCCUCUGACGUUUCCUUCAGGAUUUCAUUUAAAAGCUUAACUUGGUAUUAUUCUUACCUAUCUUUAUUUCAUUUGCAGGGUCAAAAUGGGUCUCCGGUAAAUUUCUUUAUAUCACCUUUUUUGGCAGUGUUAGUCUUCAGUGAGAGUGCAGUUAUGUGAUUGAGCACGUAACAUGUGUUUCUAAUUAUGUAUUUUGAUACCUUAGGGUCCUCCAGGAAUUGUGCUCGGACUUCACAGACUUACACAUUACCAAUCCCUGGACCAGGUUAAUUAGAGUAUUUUUCUUCUGCUACUUUUGUUGUUGUUGUUGCAAUUUCCGAUAUCCGCAGCUGAUUCCAAGUAUUAUGACUCUCUUUCAGUCAGUCCAAAAUCUAAAGACGAUACUCUACAUGUCAUCGUCAGUGGAAAACUACAAAUUUCCUGUUGGUACCAAGGAUAACCCUGCCAUGACUUGUAAAGAACUAAUGGAUAUUGACAACAUUCAAAAUGGUGCGCUUCAUUAAACUAUGAGACAUCACCAUUUUAAAACAAAUAUUGAUUCUACUGCAUUUUCUAGGCUAGUUCACAGGACACCGGACGAAUUUUCGACUGGUUGACUAUUCGUGCGUUUAGGUGUUACACGGAACCAUCUUAACCGCGCGAGAAUUUAGACGCUUGAAAGUUCCGUGUCAACAGAGCGAAAAAUACUGAACGGUCCCGGUUGAAUAAAGUGUCCGGUAAAAUUUUUCAGCUGGUCGAAAAUUCGUCCGGUGCGGUGUAAACGUACGGCUAAUCUAUUCUGUCGUGUCUUCUAAUACAGGUUACUUUUGGAUCGACCCUAACCUUGGUUGCCCUGCUGAUGCAAUUCGAGUCUACUGCAACUUUACUGCUGGCGGAGAGACUUGUGUUCCACCUUCUCGAGAUACGGUAGUUUUCCUUGUCUUUUCGUCCAGCAAUGAACUUGAAAGGGAGCUUAAGCAACUACAACUACGACGACGACGACAAAUUCAAAAAACAAUAGAUUUAAUGAUCAAAACAACAGCCCUGCACGUGCAUCACGCUACAUUUCUUUGACGUCCACUGCACGAUUACGACGUGAAACCUCCUAAUUAAUUUGACGUUUUAUGGAGGACGUGGACAUACGACGACGAAUUUUCCUUCCUAGUUUUUGAACUUGAGUAAAUCCUUAAGAAUUCAACUCCAGGAAAAGUCGCCUGCAUUUGACAUAAUGAGCGGGUCCAAAUAGACGCGAUUAAGUUUGAACGAACGCAAAUUCGUUUUUUUAGCGAAGUUUUCACUGCCGUCGUCGUUGCUUAAAGUCCCUGAUGACAACUUGACGGCAGUUUUCAUAAUUGUUUUUUUGGUCGAUUUCUACGAGUAAACUGUCCAUGUAGUAAAUACACAAUAAAAUGUACACCAAUAAAUUGGAAAAUUACAAAGAUUGUAAGGUUAAUAAACUCUGAAAACUUCCUUUUCAAGAAACAUGCCAAAUCCUUUUGUAUUGGGGGUUAGCACCCUUUAACUCUCUCAGUUUGUCAUAGCUUAAAGAACUUAUCUUACGAGGAAUGGAAGAAGGAGGGGAAAGGGGAAAAGCAUAGCUUAGCAUUAACUCAUUAGUCUUUCUAUCACUAGAUUCCUAAAAGGACGUGGCAGAGUAGCCCAGAAGCAUCUUGGAACAGAUUUUCCCGUCUUGAAGGAGGGUUUAAGGUAAUAUAUGUUUGCAACGAGGUAUCUCGUUUUUAGAGGUAUAGUAAUUUAACUUGAUUUCGUCAGUCGUCCAGCAGUAUUUUUGAUAAGCUAGGUAGUCCUUGCAGUAGUUAGAGAGUAAUGUGAUUUCCUAGGUGGAACUCAAUGUUCUUUUGUACUGACUAGAACCUGCCUUGGUUCAUUUAUAGAUCAAUUACACGGCCAGUAGAAUUCAGUUCAAUUUCCUGCGACUUCUCAGUACCAGAGUCAGGCAAUCUGUAAGAGUCAAAUGUAAGAGAGUUGUAGUAUGGUUUCACCGUGUCAGUAGAAGUUAUCGUUACUCGUGGAUUUUUCAUGGACGAAAAGGAUUCGAUUUCACACCGAACAGCAACCCGAAGCCAAAAGUCAUGCGUAACUAUUGCCAGGUGACUACAUAGCUACUAACCAUUGCACCCGGGGGCGUUGAUCAAUCCUUUGCUCUCAUUGACAUUAUUGAUACGGUUGUUUGUUUCUUUUAGUUUUUUUUUGUACUAUUAGUAGCUUGUUUCGAGCUCUCAGCUUGUGCCAAAAGGCGUAAACUUUUUCACGUGGUGGGGCGGAUGUUUCACAUCGAUGACGAUGGGGCGAUCACAGAUGUUCACGCUUGCCACAUCAAUGGUCCGACCGACCAUUUUUGACAGAAAUGAAAGACACUCGCUGUCUAGCUUAUGCUAGCGGUAUCAGUCAAACCCCCACAACCGAUAAUGACACUACUGUGAUAGAAGGGAAGAUAGUUCAAGCGAUCAUGCACUCGUAAUCUUACUUUGUGAUCGUCCACUUCUCGGCCGACGAGAAUAGUUCCCCAUACCACAAGCUCCAAAAGGGGGGCGACUAACUCUGGGGAAAGAACCAGGCUAAAAGCAGAAAAAAGACAUAGAAAGACUGGAAAUUCCGGUUAGAAAAUCAAAUGAGGUUAGCGCCUUUCCGUUUGGGAGGCUUCAGAAAAUAUGGGCUGUGAUUUGAGGCGAAUCAAUUUGUCUGCUCAGCUGAUUUGGAUAUACUUUUUAGCGGGUUGUUCUCCCACCACGUCAAAUUUUGUGGUUUUAUGUCUAUGCAAUAGAAUUUAAGGAGUAAGCACCCCUGGUCUUUCCCACCAGACGACCUCUCCCGCUUACGAGUAGACUGCGAGCAGUCUCUCUUUUUCUUCAUAUCAGAUUUAGUGAGAGCAAUGCACGCGCGCGGGAGCGGCGAAGCCGUGAGACGCGCGAAACGAGGGCUGCAGCCCGAGAAGAAAAAAGCCUCUCGCGCCAUCAGUCACGCGCGUGGCCAUUUGCGUGUCUCGCGUUUUGCUCGACGGACUACAGAAAAAAGAGAGACUGCUCGUAGUCUAGCUUACGAGCUGAGAAUUUGCAAAAGUUUGUUCAAGUUUCUGUUUUAGCUUACUUUUCAUCCAUGAUUUGAUUUGUACGUUGGUUUGUUGAUAUCUUGAUAUUUGAAAAUUUAAACAGCGGGACGAUGGAAAGUGGCGCAGAACGGAGAUCACAUUUGAUAGCGAGAGGGUGGAUGUUCUUCCUCUGGAAGAUCUGUCGUUUUUUCAUCGAGCAGUAGGAAAGGAACAGUUCGGCGUCAAGAUUGGGCCUGUUUGCUACCGGUGA